AUGACUCUCAGUUUCCAUUCUUCUUCUCUUUUCUUUUUAUUUUCAGCUCAUGAACCUCCAGUUUUCACCCUCCUGCCUCCUGAACCUCAGAGCAGAGACGACUUUUUAAAAUACUUCUGUCCCCUCACACUGAACAUCAACACGGCACACAGAGACCUCCAUCUCCCUGAAGGGAACAAGAAGAUGACACGUGAGGGGACAAAGACUGAAUAUCUUGAUCAUCCUGACAGAUUUGACUACUGGGAACAAGUUCUGUGCAGAGAGGCUCUGACUGGGACUCGCUGUUACUGGGAGGUGGAAUGCAGUGGAGGUGGUGUGGUGAUUGGAGUCGCAUAUAAAGGACUGAGAAGGAAAGGAGAGGACUGGUAUUGCAUCCUUGGGUACAACGACAAGUCCUGGUGUUUGGAGUGUUUUCAUUCCCAGUGCUCUGUGCGUCACAAUAACAAGCAGACUGUAAUCAGCGCCCCCUACAGCCCCACAAUAGGUGUGUAUCUGGACUGGCCUGCUGGCUCUCUGUCAUUUUAUAGCGUCUCAAACACAAUGACCCUCCUGCACAAGUUCAACACCUCCUUCACUGAGCCCCUCUAUCCAGGGUUUUAUGUUGGUCGUAACACCAGUGUAACAAUCAGCCCUCUGACACCAUGUGACCACUGACCAGUACCCUCCACCGGUCACUUGAUGUCCCCACAAGCUCAGGUGUCUUUGUGU